CUGGUAGUUAUUAACCUAUUCUGUCUGUUAAUAGCUAUGGCUGAUGAAGAGAUUGCUGCUCUAGUUGUGGACAAUGGCUCUGGUAUGUGCAAAGCUGGGAUUGCUGGGGAUGAUGCCCCCCGUGCUGUGUUCCCCUCCAUUGUGGGGCGCCCUAGGCACCAGGGUGUGAUGAUAGGGAUGGGCCAGAAGGACAGCUAUGUUGGGGAUGAAGCCCAAAGUAAGCGGGGCAUCCUCACACUGAAAUACCCUAUUGAACAUGGCAUUGUUACUAACUGGGAUGACAUGGAGAAGAUUUGGCACCACACCUUCUACAAUGAGCUGCGGGUGGCCCCUGAGGAACACCCAGUAUUGCUUAGUGAGGCUCCCCUCAAUCCUAAGGCUAACAGGGAGAAGAUGACUCAGAUCAUGUUUGAGACCUUUAACACACCAGCUAUGUAUGUGGCUAUCCAGGCUGUGCUAUCUCUCUAUGCCUCUGGCCGCACCACAGGUAUUGUGAUGGACUCCGGUGAUGGGGUUACCCACACAGUCCCUAUCUAUGAGGGCUAUGCCCUGCCCCAUGCUAUUCUCCGGCUGGACCUGGCCGGCCGGGAUCUAACAGACUAUCUCAUGAAAAUUCUGACUGAGAGAGGCUAUAGCUUCACCACCACAGCUGAGAGGGAGAUUGUGCGUGAUGUCAAGGAGAAGCUGUGUUACGUUGCCUUGGAUUUUGAGCAGGAAAUGGCCACAUUGGCCGCCUCCUCCUCACUAGAGAAGAACUACGAACUACCUGAUGGGCAGGUAAUCACCCUGGGCAAUGAGAGGUUCCGCUGCCCUGAGGCCCUUUUCCAGCCAGCCUUCCUGGGCAUGGAAUCCUGCGGCAUCCACGAGACCAACUUCAACUCCAUCAUGAAAUGUGAUGUGGACAUCCGCAAGGACCUGUAUGCUAAUACGGUGCUAUCCGGGGGCAGCACCAUGUACCCAGGCAUUGCUGACCGGAUGCAGAAAGAGAUUGCUUCCCUGGCACCAAGUACCAUGAAAAUCAAAAUCAUUGCCCCUCCUGAGCGUAAAUACUCCGUCUGGAUUGGUGGCUCCAUCCUGGCCUCUCUCUCCACUUUCCAACAAAUGUGGAUCAGCAAACUGGAGUAUGAUGAGUCUGGGCCAUCCAUUGUUCACCGCAAAUGUUUCUAA